CAUCGACAGGCUAUCAGGCGACAAGAUGAAACUCGUCUUGCCUCGGGGCUUGGAGAUCGCUUCUCUCGUCUGCGAUCGAUCCAUCUGCGAGCAACGAAACGAAUUGGAAAGCGCCAUUUGUUCCGAACUUCGCACCGAAUACCUAGACCUUGCUGGAUCCUGUAGCGUGGAGGAGGCAAGCAGUGCUGACUUUGAUUAUGAUGAGCUUGAGCUUGUCUCUAGUUGUAUUUUCACCAGCAUCUUCUAGUUGUAUAUUCAAGUAGAUUGGUGGAUCUGCAAUGUUUACCAUGAUACACAUACUUUCAUACAUAGAUAGGGGUAGAGAGGCUGGGUGUGUUCUGUUUUGCUGUAUGUCUACUUUUUCUUGUGGCUACGUACAGCAGUGCAGCGCAUAGUCACUUUCUAAUCCCCUUUCUCUUCCCGUCUAGCAGAAUCACUUGAUGUG